AUGGAAGAUGAAUCUGUAGAGAAAGAUGUGAAGGAAAUACCGGUGAAUAUCAUUGAAGUAACACGUAAGAGACGUUUUUACAAAGCGAAUGAAAAUCCUCCAGUUACACUUGCAUUACUUUUUGCGUUACAGCAAGUAAUGGUAUGUGUAAGCGCUCUUUUAACAAUUCCAUUCAUUUUAUCAAAUGAGCUUUGUGCUGGUCGCGAUGUAUACACAUUACGAGUUCUGCUUAUUUCAUCAACAUUUGUCGUCAGUGGCAUAUCUACCAUCAUUCAGACAAUCUUUGGGACAAGGUUAGCGCUUCUACAAGGCACAGCAUUUGCAUAUAUUCCAUCAAUUCAAGUGUUUAUGCAGUUACCUGAAUAUAAAUGUACUUUUACGGAUGAUGAUGUUGUGACUGCUUCUAUUUAUCAGGAUAAACUUGCUAUUAUUCAAGGAUGUUUAAUGGCAUCGUCCCUAGUACCAAUGAUAAUUGGUGUGACGGGUAUAGUUGGCAUAUUAACAAAAUUUAUUGGACCAAUUACUGUUUCACCACUUAUGUUACUGCUCGUGCUCAGCGCGGUUGAUCUAUGCGUUGAACGGAUUUCUAAGCAUUGGGUUGCUGUGAUACAAGCAGCAGCUUUGUUUGCUACAAUUUUGUAUCUGGCGGAUUGGAAAGUGCCUACACUUAGCUAUAAAAAUAAUCGUUUUGCCAUCGUUCGGACCAACAUUUUCGGUCAAUAUCCGUAUUUGAUCGCUAUAUUAACUUCCUGGGGUUUUUGCCUGUUUCUUACGUUGACAGAUUUAACGGCACCUGAUAGUGCUGCUCGACUGGAUAAAAACGAGACACUUGCCGUAAUUAAGCGUGCCGAAUGGUUCCGAUUUCCAUACCCUGUAGGUGUCCCACAAUUUCAUACUGGACUUUUUUGUGCAUUCGUUAUUUCGGCACUAACAUCAGUCUUCGAAUCGGUCGGUGAUUAUCAUGCAGCGGCACGGGUAUCCGAAGAACGUUCGCCACCGUCACAUGCAAUCAAUCGUGGUAUUCUGGCUGAAGGUUGUGGUUCCUUGUUAGCUGGUUUACUUGGCCCAGGUGUUGGUAUGACAACUCAUACGGAGAAUAUUGGUGUCAUUGGUGUCACUCGAGUAGCAAGUCGAUUUACAAUGGUAUUAGCUGGAGUGAUACUCAUUUUGCUAGGCGUUUUUACAAAAGUUGGAGCUCUAUUGUCAACGAUCCCGGAUCCACUGGUUGGUGGUAUUUUGGCUAGCAGUAUGGCAAUGGUUGGUGGUGUAGCAAUAGCCAAUAUCCAGCAGGUUGAUUUGAAAUGUACAAGGAACAUAGCUGUAUUAGGAUUCUCGAUAAUGGUUGGAAUGAUUGUACCAAGCUAUUUCCGAGAGAAUCCUAUCAGUACAGGGGUAGCUGUGAUUGAUCAAGUGCUCACAGUUCUUCUUACAUUACCGAUGUUCGUUGGCGCAUUUGUCGCAUGCGUUCUUGAUAAUACCGUCUCAGGUGCGACUCGCGAGCAACGUGGUUUACGUUCACGUGGUUUGGCGUAUGAUCUGGGCGAGAGUAAUUACGACGUAUACUCAUUCCCGGUUUGCAUGAUGAAAGUGAUCGAAAAAGCUUCUUAUCUGAAAGUGUUGCCGUUCAUACCAAAAGAAAAAAAAAUCACCAAUCGUGUGAAUGACUCAUUGCCGUGA